UGAACAGAGAAGUUAUUAAGAGUUCGAGAGUGCACUUUGCCGGUGUCUCCGAGAGAAAGACAGCAAAUCUAGACAGCCAUGGCGUCUGCGUCCGCGAAGGAUCCGACACUAUCAGCAUUGAUGAAGAUUAGCACAGCCUCAGAUAUAAAGAAUGACCGAGUGAUCUGUGCAUCAUCAAGUAUAAACUGGGAGGAGAUCAUAGGCCCUGCCCCGAUGUCUAUUGCACUGCUGGGGCAACUGAUGCUCAUCUCUGGUGGUACAGACUUCACCUUGGUCACAGGAAAAAGGCCGGAUUCAUCGUUUGUCCGUCUUCGCUACCCUGACUCCAUGAAUGCUUGUCUGGUUCAAGUCAGCAAUGAAGGCUGGGAGGCCUUUAACACAGCACAUUCCAACAUGGAGAAAAUACACCUGAUCACUAAUCAGAUUCCAGGCCAUGCACGAAAUGCAGUCCAGAUUUUAUUGAAAGGCUCACCAGAAGAACUUAAACUUGCAUUACCAAUCCCUCUUAAGAGGAUUCAGUUGGCUGCUAAACAAUGCACAACCCAUGCGGAGGAGGUCCAGAAGCAGUUUGUUGACGUGAUGGCAACAAUAGGAGAACUGCUGGAGGCGUGCACAGCUGCCAAGGGCGAUUAUGAGGACAAAAUGAAGCAAACUGAAGCUGCAGUUACAGCCGCCAAAAGAGCUGAGACUCAAAUCAAGGAACAGAAAACAAAGGCAGACGAAGAACUGGCACACAUGACCAAAACUCUGAAAGAUCGUGAGGAAGACUACAAGAAGGCCUUGGAUGACAUGCCGGGAGCGCUUCAAGUCAUGGGGAUGAAGUUCUUUGACAGGUAUUCAGGAGCAGUGCUCAUGGCUAUUCAAGCAGAGAUGAACCUGAUGAUUGGAAUACCACAAGCUAUUGGAACAGGAGUGAAACUAUUGACACCCGUGGUAAGUGGCGUGUUAGACAAGCUUAAAUCAAAGACAGAGGCAGAUCCUUCAGAACAUGAAAAGCCUUUGAGUGACAGCGAACGGGAAACAAUUGAAUGCAUAAAAAAACAAACACCCGAGAUCACCUUAAUCAUUUCUUUUCUACAACAGUAUCUGGAAUCAUUUGAAGACAAGAACAAGCAAGAAGGUACCAAGAAAUAUCUUGUUGUUAAAAAGGCAGAUCUGGAGAGAUUCACAACAACUCUCAAGGAUAAGUGUGAUGUUCCUCCGAAGGCAAUGAUGCUGAGUCUGCUGCAGGAUCUCACAACACUGAUGGAUUCCAUGAUUGACUUCUCCAAGCAAAUGGGUCAAAAUCCAGAAAUGAUUACUGAGUUCAGACAAAAGCUUGACAAGGUUGAACACACCAUGGAGUGUGUGGAGAUAACUGAUAUGAGAGCAGGACAUCCUCUCGCCCAAGCACCACAAGCUGCUAAAGCCCAACAAAAUUCUCUUGAAAUAGAAGACAGAAUAAUUGACCAAGUCAGAUUUAAGGCUGAAAAAACAUCGCAGAUGUUGAAGACUGCCGAAGCCCGUUAUGACGAAAUUAACCAAAGAGUGCAAAGGAAAAAUGAUGAGUUGAUGAAACUUGUUGAAGAAUUGUCCCAGAUGGAUGCCAAGGAAAUAGACUUUAACAAGAUAAGAGAAACUCUCACUAGAGGUAUAAAAGCACUUGGAGAGGUUCGCAAACAAUGGGGUGGAUUGGUUACAUUCUUUGAAAGAAUGUCCAAUGUAAUUCAGUGCAGCCUUGGCCCAACGUUGGACACAUUUACUGAAACAGCCAAUGUUGGAAGGGAACUACAGCUGAAUUACUCCUUCAGCAAGCUGAUGCAGGAUACACUCUAUUCACAGGCAGUCCAAGCCAGUGAAGUUUCAUAUGUGGUCCAUGAGGUUUCAGGAACAUAUGUUGACAUCUCGCGAGAUCACCUCAUGGAUAAAAUAUCAGGCUUGGGGGAGCUGAUUGCUUUAAAUCCAGAAACUGAAUCCGAUUUGAUAAAAGAGAAACACAGUGAACUGAUGGAGGGGGCAAGGAAAGCACAACAUGCAAUCCAAGAAAAGGUAAAAGAAAAGCAGUUAGAUAUGCACGAGAGAGUUCAAGCCAGACUGUCACAGAUUGAGAGGGGAAUGCAAGCUGCACUUCCACCUCCGAACCCUGAGAGAGAACUACAGAUGCAACGCAUGCGCGCUAUUGCUCAGGACCAACGUGAGAAGGUGGUCGCAGCUGCCCAGGCAGAAGCUGAGGAGGAGGAAAUGUCGCAGUUUGCUAUCUAGCUUCGUUUAACUGAUGCAAGGUGCCGUGUGGUUAGGAUUGGUUGUUUCCAGUGUGAUCUAGCUUCUUCGACUGUGACCUACAUCCAGUUUUAAAGAAGAAGAGGAGGAAGAACAGCAACAGUACUGACACUUCUAAAUGCCAUAUAACGACUACAUACGAAAUUGUUAGACUCCCCAUUUGGUUCGGUACCGCCCAAUAUCUCGGCUUGGCUGACACAGCGGAACUACCCGUGUUUGUCCAGGAACACGGCUCUUCUCACUGUCUGGCUAAUAAAGAUGGCUGUAGUGUAGGAGACAGAGGAGGAAGGGGAUGGGAGUGGGGAAGAAGAGAGAUUCACAUCCUCCAGAAAGACUUUGCGGAUUUGACAAGAUAGCGGAGAAGUACCACUCGGUGUCAGGGCUGCAGGUGGUAGGACAAGAUCCUGAGCUGAUGAUGAGCCCGGUUGUGCCGUUGCUGCAUUAGUAUGUCAUGAUAAUAAUCAUUUGUACAUCCAGACAGGUUUUGUUUCAUGUUCUUAUGUUUUCUUAACUAACUUAUUGAAGUUGCUUUCUUCUGUCA